AUGGUUGAUCUUCGCCCACUUACACAAAAGGUAUAUACUUGCAGAUUGUAUGGUGUCGUUGAAGUCACAGUUGAUGAUUCUCAUGAGGGUACUAAUCUGAUAGCAUAUCCCACUAAGAACUUCAAACAGUUUGUAUGCCACUCACCUGGAUCUGGGGGUGAAGGGGCAGAGUCUAGUGAAGACAGUGAUAAUGUGGAAAGUAUUAAAAAGGGUAGAUCAAAAAGAAGGGAUGAACUAAGUAAAAAAAACAGAAAUAGAGUACAUUUAAAGCACACUGAUUUUGAAGCCGACCACCGGUGUGAUAACUACUAUGACAAGCAUACUGACAAGUCUAGCAGAACCGUCGGGCACAACACAUGGAGUUUGGGUGUUCACAAGAGAGAAAUUGCAAAAAUGCGAAAAAACAAAAAACACAAGUUUUACAAAUUUAUUUUAUUAGAAAAUGUGGCAUCCAAAUUUGUGUACCCGUGUGUUUUAGAUUUAAAAAUGGGCACGCGAGUUCAUGGUGAUGAUGUUUCGGAGGAGAAACGAGAAAGACAUAUGGCGAAAUGUGCAGCGACGACAUCGAGUACUUUAGGAGUGCGUCUCUGUGGCAUGCAGGUCUACCAGGUUGACACUGGAAGAUAUCAUUGUCGAAAUAAAUAUUAUGGACGAGGUCUCACUGUUGAUGGAGUAAAAAAAUGUUUUUACGAGUUCUUGCACAAUGGUGAGCGACUUCGAGUGGAGCUGAUCUCAGCUAUCAUAAACAGACUCCUGGAGAUGAAAAUGAUGUUAGAGAAAAAACAUUCAUAUAGAUUUUACAGCAGUUCUCUGUUAGUCAUCUACAAGGGAGAAGAAACCACAUCAGAACCGCAGAUGGCAUCGGUAGGUGCGAGAUGCAGAAAAGACUGUGAACCUAAUCUUGAUGUUCGGAUGAUAGACUUUGCACACUCCACUCACAAAGGGUUUCGAGGGGACCAUACUGUACAUUCCGGACCAGAUACUAGCUACUUGUAUGGACUAAGUAACCUUAUCCGGUUAUUGAUGGAGAUCCAGGAAGAGCAAGAGUAA